UCAAGGAUGAGGAUGCGAGCAGGGAUUUAGUGUGUGUCUUUUCCCGUCUGGAUCAGUUUAUUACCUUUCUCCAGCACACAGAAACGGAUUUAGCCACACGAAACAAGGUUCGUGGCCCCCAUUCUCACCACGGAAUAUGAUGCAGAGGCCCUCCUCUCCGAAGGGAAGUUGAAUGGGAAUACUGCCAUACGUGUCAGCUCGUGAUCAAUGAACUCAGUCCAUUCAAGCACAAAAGGAACUAACCUGAACUACUGAAGAAAAAGAGGGGAUAUAACGACACAGACACCUUUUUGCGGAUAUGGCGGCGACAGAUGCCUGUGCAGCACCUGUACAGGAAGAAGGCACUACCACCACCGAGACCAAAACAGAGGUGGAGCCCACAAACUCAGAGACUGUCACAGAGGCUGUCACGUCUCCACCCGAAGAGGUACAACCUGCCGGAGAGACCACAGAGAGCCCAGAGCAGCCGGCCGAUGGCAAAGCUAAACAGGCCUCUGAGAAUAUUUUUUCUUCCUUUCUGAAUAAGAGUGGACUGGGAAAAGUCAUGGGAGGGAAGAAGAAGAAGGAGCAGAGCACUGAGGCUGUGGAGGCUAAUGGAGAGGGCAACACAGAGCAGAAAAAGGCCUCUGACCAAACAGAAGAGCCGGCAGCCAAUGGUACAGAGGCAGCGGCAGAGGACCAGGCCAUUGAGAAAGCGCCGGAGAACCAGGUGAAGGUCCGAUCCAAAUCCUUGGACAGGUUAGAGGACCCUGAGGCCCUCAAUGCCACAGUGGACAUACUGGAAGAUGCCCCGGCAGCAGAAGAGUCAGAGAAGCCUGCCUCCAGUGCAGCGACCAAACACAUGAAACGCUGGCAUUCCUUUAAGAAGCUUAUGGCCCAGAAGAGUCACAAGAAGAGCACAGAAGAUUCUAAGGAGGCUGAGGGCAGCGAGGGUGCAUCUGGGGGAACACCUGGUGACACAAGUACACUGGACUCCAAGGCUUCAGAAUCCAGUGGCCAGAAACGGUGGAAACUGAAAAGGUCAUGGACAUUCCAGGGGCUGAAGAGAGACCCGUCAGUCGUAGGCAUCAGCAAAGCCGCUAAGGGCGAGAAGGCGGAAGGGGAGGAAAACGCUGCAGAGAACGAUGAAGCGGCUGCGCCUGAAACAGACGAAGCCAAGGCACAGGUAGACGGCGAAACACAGGAGAAGACCAACACAGACGGAGAGGAGGAAAAAGGAGCCACCGCCGCCCCACACAAAUCAAUGAACCAACACGCAGAUGAGAUCUGGACCUCCUUCAAGAAACGCGUGAUCCCCAAGUCCAAGCGGGCAGCAGACACGGUGGCUGCCAGCGGGGAGGAGGAAGGUGCUGCAGCAUCUGAACUGGCCGAGCAGACGGAAGAGGCAGGCAAAGAGCAGGCCAAGUCGGCCAAGACCAAGCGAACGCACUUCAACCGCGCCGUUUCGCUGAAAAACUUCAUCAUGCGAAAGGGGAAAAGCACCAGCGUGGACCAGGGAGACGGAGCUCCGAAAGAGGGUGAGGAGGCAGAAGACGGGGAGGCGAAGAACACAGAGGGCGCGGCUGCCCCAGCUGGCACGUCUGACAGCCAGCAGGGAGAAGCAGAUGCUGCCCAGGGCGAGAGCAACGACAAAGGAGAGGUUCAGGUGGUCAAUGAGCACACAGCCGCUGAUGGAGAGGCAAAGGAGCCCGCAACGAGCACACUGUCUGGUCCUGAGCCAGAGAAGGCCAACACAGUUAAGCCCGCAGCACCAGCAGAGCCCGUGGCAGAGGUGAAAAUCAACGGUGAGAAUGGGUGCUCGAACGGCACGCCCGAAGAAGACGCCAUACACAAUCAUGAAACGACCCCGAAGAAAGACGGACCAACAGACGAGGCCAAACAAGAAAACACCAACUCCACGAAGGACGCGAAGAUGCUGAACCUCGGCACAGGAAAUGCAGUUGCCCAAAUCGACAAAAAGGCGGGAAACGUGUGACGACACACAAAGAGGAUUAGAUCAGCAUGGGAUUCGUUCAGCAAGGAGCUUUGACCCCCCCCCCCCCCAAACGGAGUAAUCACAUGUUUUUCGCCACAAUUCUUCAUGGUGAGAGCGAUGCAAUCCAUAUAGAUGAAAAAAUACUCAAAAGCAAUAAUUCAGUCAUCAAUCAGCGCAGUUCUUGCUUACCAUUCCGUGAUCAAUGUAAAUGUUUUUCUUGUCCUCUACUAGUGAGAUUUUAUAUUGUCAACAGAAGGGAAGACAUUCCAUCCUUGUCAAAUGUUAAUCUCUAUGAUCUCUCAUUCCAGGAUCAAAAAUACUUAGUUUUAUAUCAAUUGCCAUUUUGUUUGUAGUUUUGUCAAUAGAUAUUCCAAAGUGCACAUUUGAAAUGAUUGCCCUAAAGACUGCCCCCCCCCCCCGUGUGGAUUCCUUAAGUAAUGUGUUCUAAUCUCUUUCUGUGUUAAUGUUUUUAGACUGUUGUGUACAUGAAUGAACCACCAUAAAAUAUGAAGUCAAAAUGUUUUUUUUCUAAACACAUCUUCUCACUGUAACGCAGAUUGAUCUGCCGUUGAUAUGUUUUGUUGAUCAAUGAUGUCACGUGUUCGCUAGGAAAUUGUCAAAAACUAGAACAAUAAAGAUUCAAAUCGAACAAUUUAAAAAAACAUUGUGGAGGCUAUUUAUGCAUAAAAUGUUGAUGUACUGUA